ACAAAAUAAUACGUAUGAUAGCAAGCUACUAUUGUUUAAUAUAAAUUAUUAUAAAAGUAUUACACAUCUAUUCUGUGAAAAAUUACAGUAUAAUAAAUGACAGUAUCAUCACUAUAUUAUACUGAUUUAUUCAGUUGGAAUAAUAUGGUAUCAUAUUUUUUUUCAGUUCUGUAGAAUUUUGUAAAAUUAUGAAUCCAUGUGUUGUCCCAACGAUACCAUUUGAUGAUGACAAGGAAUGGAAAUUACAACACAAACGUUAUGUGGCUGAAGCCAAAGCUCAAAACCCAGAUGUUAUUUUAAUUGGUGCUUCUAUUAUUCAAUUAAUCCAAUGUUAUCCUAUAUGGAAUGACAAAUUUGUACCUUUAAAUAGUUUAAAUUUUGGAAUUUGUGGUGAUAGAACUCAAGAUGUUUUAUGGAGAGUACAAAAUGGCAUUCUUGAUCACAUAAAACCUAAAGUUUGUAUUCUUAAUGUUGGAUCAAAUAACGUUGAUAAUACGCCAAUUCAAAUUUCAGAAGGUAUAUUGGCUAUUGUUGGUGAAAUUCAAUCAAAACUUCCCGAUUGUUACAUUAUAAUCAUUGGAAUAUUACCACGUGGUCCUUAUACGAAUCCAUUGAGAAUUUUGGGAACUCAAGUAAAUGAAAUUAUUGGUGAAAAAGUGAAAAGUAUAAGCAAAGUUGAAUUAUUCAAUCCUCAUUUGCUACAGCCAGAUGGAACAUUGAGUCCAGAAGACGCGAUGGAUUAUCUUCAUCCAACUGAAAUAGGUAUUGGAGAUUGGAGACCACAGUACACCCACAUAAAAAUGGUUUAACUCAAAAACUAAAAGUAUCUAUGUAGUAUGUAAUAAACCAUAAACUAAGAAAGGACAAAAGAUUUUAAUUUAUAUUUUUGGUAUAUAAUUUUGUUUAAAUUCCAUUAUACCGAGUGUCCCGUGAGGAUUUACCCAUUGCGAUAUCUCCUGAAAUAAUGGAGAUAUCAUAGUUUUGAUUUUUUAAUAAGAUUCACAGGGACAAGAAGUAAAAAUAUUUCAUGUUUUAAUUUAUUUUAAUGUUUUAGUAAAAAGUUAAAAAAUACAUUUUUUAAUUUUAUUAUUUUCAAACAAAUUGAAGAUAGCCACUUUGUAGAGUUCACUUUUUUGAAAAUAUUAAUGUUUCAAUAUUUUAAUUUCAUUAAUCUCCUGAUUUUUAAUAUUUUUUCUAGUUUCGAGAAAAACUGCGAAUAGUGGUAUCAAUGUAUGAAACACGUGGCCCACCUGCUCGUACGGCCGACGAACGCUUUCAGUAUAAUUCAGUUUUUCUCGAAACUAGAAAAAAUAUUAAAAACUAGGAGAUUAAUGAAAUUAAAAUAUUGAAACAUUAAUAUUUUCAAAAAAGCGAACUCUACAAAGCGGCUAUCUUCAAUUUGUUUGAAAAUAAUUAAAUAAAAAAAUAUAUUUUUUAACUUUUUACUAAAACAUUAAAAUAAAUUAAAACAUGAAAUAUUUUUAGUUCUUGUCUCUGCGAAUCUUAAUAAAAAUCAAAACUAUGAUAAUAUCUCCAUUAUUUCUGGAGAUAUAACAAUGAGUAAAUCCUCACAGGACACCCUGUAUGUGUAUAAUUUUAUUUAGUCUGGACUAUUAAUAAUUUGUACAUAGAAUCACUAAACAACCUAAAGAGCCCAAUUUAACUAUGCAUAGGUUAUGUGAGUGGUUUCUGUAUAAGAAAAUAGAUCUGUUACUGUUACUUUUUGGAUAUUUAAGGUAUAAAAUACAGUUUUUAUAAAAUUUAUUGGAAAAACAACAAAAAAUAGACAUUUUACUCAAGACCAGUAAAUAAAUUUAAUAUUUAAUAAUUAAA